AUGCUAGAGGGGCCGGUUGAUGAUGUAAUGGUGACAGUUGAUGAUGUAAUUGUGAAAGUUGAGGGUGUAAUUGUGAAAGUUGAUGGUGUAAUUGUGACAGUUGAUGGUGUAAUUGUGACGGUUGAUGAUGUAAUGGUGACAGUUGAUGAUGUAGUUGUGACAGUUGAUGAUGUAAUUGUGACAGUUGAUGAUGUAAUUGUGAAAGUUGAUGGUGUAAUUGUGACAGUUGAUGGUGUAAUUGUGAAAGUUGAUGGUGUAAUUGUGACAGUUGAUGGUGUAAUUGUGACGGUUGAUGAUGUAAUGGUGACAGUUGAUGAUGUAGUUGUGACAGUUGAUGAUGUAAUUGUGACAGUUGAUGAUGUAAUUGUGAAAGUUGAUGGUGUAAUUGUGACAGUUGAUGGUGUAAUUGUGAAAGUUGAUGGUGUAAUUGUGACAGUUGAUGGUGUAAUUGUGACGGUUGAUGAUGUAAUGGUGACAGUUGAUGAUGUAGUUGUGACAGUUGAUGAUGUAAUUGUGACAGUUGAUGAUGUAAUUGUGAAAGUUGAUGGUGUAAUUGUGACAGUUGAUGGUGUAAUUGUGACAGUUGAUGGUGUAAUUGUGACGGUUGAUGAUGUGUUCGAGCACGCGUACUCCGCCGGCAUGCACCCUGACGAUAUCCUGGACAGCAUAGCCUCCAUGCAGCCCACUCCGGGCAUGUCCCGCCUGCUGGAGUCCCUAGCUGCGGCCGGAUGGGACAUAUUGUUGUUAACCGACGCUAACACGGUGUUUGUGAACCAUUGGUUGAAGACGCACGGGUUCGAGGACAUAGUUACAGAAGUGGUUACAAACCGCGCGUUCUGGGAGCGCGGGCGUCUCUUCAUAGAGCCGUGUAUGCACCAACAAGCUUGUAACAAGUGCCCCACUAACCUGUGCAAGUCGAUAGCGUUAGCACAGUUCUGUGCGAGUCGCGACUACUCGAGAAUUGUGUACGCUGGGGACGGAAGGAAUGACUAUUGCCCGACAACUAAUCUGCCUGCGAAUGGCGUUGUGUUCCCUAGACGAGGUUAUCCUCUACAUGAUCUCAUCAAGAAGACAUUAGCGUCACCAAACCCUCAGGUCAAAGCCAAAGUGGUCCCCUGGGAACAUUGCGACUCAAUACUGCAGGAAAUAUUCCCCGAUGAGAAGAUAAUCGCGACGUUGAAUAUUAAACAAGCAUAGUCAAUUGUUGAAUGUGCCUAUAGUUAAUUUUAUUGAAGUGAAACUUCUUUUUGUAUAAAAAAAAUAUGGGUGCGUGUACUUAAGUACGCGCGUGAGAAGUUAUACUUUUUUUUGGAAUUAUUAAAAAAUAGUUUUUAAUUGCAUGCAGAUAAUUAAUUACAAUAAGAUAAUAAAAGGAUUGGAAAAGGAUAGUCAACGCAGUCAAUAAAGUUCAGUUUUAAU